AUGGUGGACUGCACACCUUUUGCCUAUCCAUUCAAAGCUAAUGUAGCGGCAGCGACCUGGAAAAACACAGUGUGCGUGGUGGUUGAGCCGCAGUAUCUCGUGGCAAUGAAGGACGACACCCGCUGGCUCGCCGAGAGCAGCCUUGGGGAGCUCCUGAACUUCUCCCCGAAGUCGGACCCAUUUUUCGUUGUGCCCUCCAGCAGAGAUGCUGUGACUGCCUCGAAUCCGAUGACGCAGACCUUGCAGGCCAAACAUCCUGUGCCCGAGCGUCGGCCAAAGCUGCCUCUGCAGAGCUCGCUUUUGAGAAGGAUACGGAAGGCUGAGCUGCUGAUCAUGCGUGAGUCCAUGGAGGAAGCGUUUGGAACACUGCAAAGACUUGGUGAUACACAAGUCGAAGGGGCCGUGUGCGCGCGUUGGGCCAUGCGAGCCGUCCUCUUCCUUUCGGGACUGUGCCUGGUGAGCUGCCAGGAGCCCUGGCCCAGUGACUCCAUCGGUGAGCGCACCGUGGAGCGCAUCUCUGCGGGCAAGCGGGCGGGAAAGUUCAUUGCCUGUACGGUGUGCGAACAUGUGGUGCAGUCGGCACUGCCCAAGACCAGCGAGGUGGACGACCUUAGGAAGAUCCUUGCAUCGGAGGAGUUCGUAGAGCACCUGGGCGAUGCAAAGACGACUUGUGGUAUGAAGCGCCUGGCUACUCUCUUCAAGCGGCUAAAGCUCGAGGUGGCGGCGCUGCCAGACGGCACGGCUGAGCUGAGGGCUACCAAGAGUCACUCUGAGCCCUUCUAUGAAGAGAUCAACAAGAGCGAGCUGGCAUUUCACUGGAAGUCUUUCGCGGUGGAACAUGCUUGUCUGGAAGUCUUCAGACAAGAUGCCGACAGCGUCCACAGUGCUAUGCUGAAAGAGUUUGACAAGCUCGUCGCUGAGACUCCCUCGGAGGAGGCCAGAAAAGAUCCGAGCGAAGUUCUACGCGGCAAUUUCUGCAUGCUCUUUGCUGCUCUUGCAAACUAG